AUGAUGAACAGAGGGGGCGAAUACGGUAUUGACGCACAGGGCUCUUUAAAUAUCUUCUGGAGGAGGCGUUGCUUUGGCACAGGUCCAGAACCUUUACCGAAAACACCCAUCAGCUUGCGUCUCCAGCUCGCCUGUGAUCAGAUGACUGAGGACGGUUUGCCGGACAGCUUCAAGCCUCUUUGUGUUACCGUACCGGUGAUGGUUUGGAACAGAUGCGGCACACAAAAGGUUCCGAUUGUAUAA